GAAUUCGAAAAAAUUCCAUUUGGUCAUCAAUAAUUGUCUAAAAUUUUUAAGCUUGUUUUAAUCAUUAUAUUCUUUUGAUCUGACGAUGAUGAUGAUGAUCGUAGCGGUGGCAAAAUAGUGGCAGCCGUCAGUCCAGUUGAAUGAAUUUCUUCAUCGUUUCAUUCACACCAUUUCAUUUUGAUGAUCAUCGUAUUGUAUAUCUGACCAUUCCCCAUCUACCACCACAUGCAUAUAUGCACACAUACACACACAUACAUACCAAAAAAAAAAUUGUAUGUGCAAGCAACAAUUUCCUGACCAAUUUGAUGAUGAUCAAGAAAAAAUAUCAUUCAUUGUGAAAAAAUACCACUAUGUGUGUGUGUGUGUUUGCUGCUCCUUUUCUUUCGUUCGUUUGUUAAUGAAUUCUUGUUUUUUUUUCUUUCUCAUCAAUUUCUACUAUAACAAUGUUACCAUUAUUGUUGCCAUGUGGCCAUAAUCAUUUUACUUUAUCUGGUAUUUAUUAUCCAUCAAUAUAGAUGAUUAUGAUGAUAUGUCCAACAAGAACAACAGCAACAGAAAAACAUUCACAAUUCAUAACGAGCAAUAACAACAACAACAACAAAGAUCACCCCAUAUACCCUCGUUAAUACAUACCAUUGUUUACUGAAUAUCGUCAUUUUCACAUUUUCAAAAAUUUUUUUUUUAUUCAAUUGACACGACGUAAUCAAAUUCAGAAUUUGUUUUUUUGUUCUCCGUUAUAUUAAUAAUUCAAUUUCAAUUCGAAUUUUUUUUUUUCAUUACCGCUAUUACCACCUUGCUGCUCGGCCAAAAAAAAAAGUGAAAGUAACAAAAAUAGAAAUGUUAUAUAUUCCAUCCAUUUCAUUUUAUUGGUAGUGAUGGUUGGUUUGAUAUCACAGAAACUUCCGUUCGAUCAUUAUCAUUCUUCAUCAUCAUCAUCAUCAGUCAUCAUUCAGAUUGCCUAUAUACCAUUGUUGGCAUUUUUUUUCCCGUAACGGAUUCGAUUGAUCAUUAUCAUCAUCAUCAUCAUCACACCGAUCGACCAAAAAUCUGUUGAUUAUAUUUACGUUUGAAUGGUGAAAAAUCGAGACUAUACCACCGAUUCUAUAACAACAAAUAAAUAAAAAAAAAUCAUGUGGCAAAUGACAUCAAAUCAAUAUCAACAAUUACCAAAUAUUCGUUCACAGCAACAAUCAUCGACAACAAACAUUUCAUCAACCAAUAACAAUAGUAACAGUAGCAGCAGCAGCAGUAGCAGUAGUAUUAAAAAAUCAACAUGGCCAUUAGGAAUCAUAUUAACAUUGCCAUUUAUAUUUUUUAUUAUUCUACAUAAUAAUCCUGACGGGAUCGUUGAUUAUUCCAAUGAUAAUAAUGAUAUUGCUUCUGCUGCUGCUGCUGCUGCCGCUUCUGGCGUUGGUGGCGAUUCAUUACAUUCAGGAGAUUUAAAUUCCAGUUCUAAUGAUGGUGAAGAAGAAGGCAUGGAUAUGUCUAAUCCAUCAUCAAAAUCAUCAUCAUCAUCAUCGUCAUCAUCAUGGAUUGAAAUUCGUCCACCAUCAUUAUCAUCAUCAUCAUCAUCAUCAUCCUUUCAACAGUCAAGUGAUUCAAAAUCGAAUUGUAUCUGUGAUAUGAACAGUAGUAGUAGUAAUAGUCAAAAUCAUCGAAUGCCAUUCAUACCGGGUGAACCGGUAUAUGAUCCAGAACGAAUAUUAAUAUUCCUUAUUACACCAACAUAUACACGGCCUACACAAGCGGCUGACAUGACACGAUUAUCACAAACACUUCAAUUAGUCCCAGACAUUUUUUGGAUCGUAGUUGAAGAUGCCCAUAAUAGAUCCAGGAGUGUUGAAGAUUUGUUACGACGAACAAAUGCUCCUUAUGCUCAUCUACUUGGUCCAAGGCCACCUACACAUUUAGACAAACGUAGUGGACGAGGUGUAUCCAAUCGAUUACGUGCAUUUGAAUGGCUUCGAGAAAAUUAUUCAAAUACAACACAAAAAGGCGUCAUCUAUUUUGCCGAUGAUGAUAAUGCCUAUGAUGUGAGGAUAUUCGAAGAAAUGCGUUCUACACGUAUUGUCUCAAUGUUUCCAGUCGGAUUGAUUUCUACACUUGGUCUUUCAACACCGAUUGUUAGUCGAAAAUCGGGCAAAAUAAUUGGUUUCCAUGAUCCAUUCAUUGGUCGUAGAAAAUUUGCUGUCGAUAUGGCUGGAUUUGCAGUCAAUUUACAAUUUUUUCUAAACCAAAAGAAAGCCACAAUGCCAUACAAAGUUGGUUAUGAAGAGGAUUAUUUUCUAAAAAGUCUGGGCGUACAAAUUUGGCAAUUGGAACCAAAAGCUCAAAAUUGUACACAGGUACUUGUAUGGCAUACAAAAACAAAACCAGCCGAUCAACCGAAAUUGACGUUGAUGAAAAAAGUGACAAAUUAUACGGAAACCAAUUUACCUGAUCUAUAUGCAAAUCAAUUGGAACAGCUCUAAAUGAUUACUCUUCUGGGACUUAUUAGAAAACACAUUUAUAUUACGCAAAAAAAAUAUUUGACCAUUUGGGGGGGAGGAAAUGUGUGAAUAGAAUCAAUUUUUUUUUCUAUCAUUAUUAAAAAAAACCUACAUAGGGAAAAAAAUCAAUAAUACAUCUUUAUAAUACACACAUGUAUUUAUUUCAUUGCUUAUGACAUUAAUCUUUCGUUAAUAUAAAAUAACGAGCUUUAGCUCUAAAUAAUUAUGAUGACAGAAUGAAAAUCAAUAAAUCAUCAAUGAUGUGCCAUCACAAUACACACACACACCACAAACACACACCUUGAAAUAUUACAUUGUAAAUGAUGAUUAUAUUAUGACUCUAUUGUCAUUUUUUUUUCUUCUAUAAAAUAAAAGAAAUCAAUUACAUUAACCAGUGA